AUGGAGGUUGAGCCAUCGGAGGACCGUGAAGACCGGCACCCAGGGUACACCUGGGGGAGCCUCGGUCGGAAACGGCUUCGAGACCAAGCCGUCGCACCAGGCGAUGCAGAGACGGGGCCCUCGCCCAAGUUGGCAGGGACAAGAAAAGGCCGAGGACGGCCGCUGACACCCGGCGGAUACACAGGAUUCGACCUGGCGAAGCGGGAGUUGGCGGAGGCUACCCGACGCCAACGUGAAUGGGAGGCGGAGAACGAUUUAGCCGAGAUGACGUCGGAGCUGCGGUCGACCAAGGCGGGGGCCCGACUUGCGGACACCUACGCCUCGGAGGACGAUGAGCUAGGCUCGACAGAACUCGGCGGUCAGAUAGAGCUUGGCGCAGCGGCCGUGGCGGCUGUCUGCGCCAAGUCAAACAACUUAAAAGGGACAGCCAAGAAGGCUCUUAAGGAGGCGGUAGCGCAGAUUCGGGCGGCGUCAAAGCUCCUGACGACGCGCAAUAUAAAUGACGAGACGAGGAUUCUGCGAGCGGCCAACACCCGCCUUCAGGCGGAGAUGGCCGCACUAAAGAAGGAGGUGGCGGAGCUUAAGGCGUGCAUGCUGCAGGCGGGGGCGACGCCCAAGCCUGUCGCUGCGACAUGCCCACAAUCCACGGACGAAGACAUGGAGAACCGGAUCCUGAGCAGGCUCUCGGACCGGCUUAACGCCCGCAUAGACGGGCUAGAGCCGCGUCUGAAUCCAGAGCCUCGCUUACGACCGGCACUGGCACACGACAGGCGUGAAGCGGAAGCCAGGCGGAAACCCCCGGCAAGCCGUCCACGCCAAACACCGGCUACGACCCAGGCGGAACUGCCUGAAGUGCGACUUCCUGAACCGGCCCAAUCGGGCUGGAUCAAGGUCGGCGCAAAGGGAAAGACGAAGGCGUCGACCUCUUCAUCGACGCCGGCCGCUUCUUCUCCUUCUACCACGGCCCUAGCCGCUCAAUCGGGCCAAAAGGCUAAGAAAAAGUCCGUGAAGAAGAAGAAGAAGACGGCCAAAAAACAGGAGACGGAACGUCCCCUCCCGCCGGCGCCAGCAUCCAUGAAGGAGUCCAUGGCGUCGGUCGUGAAGAGGGGCCUAAGGGAAAAGGCGCCGACGGUCAUCAGAUCGGCGCCCACGCCCAAGAAGAAAGAGCAGGAGAAGGCCAAGCCUUCACCCAAGCUGCGGGCCCCCAAGACCUCGGCAGUCGUGGUGACUUUACAUCCCACGGCUGUGGAGAAGGGGGUCACGUAUGCUAAAGCUCUGGCCGAGGCGAGACAGAAGGUGAAUCUCAAGGACCUCGAGAUCGAGAGCGUCCGCUUCAAGCGCGCAGCGACUGGGGCCUCAAUCAUUGAGGUCCCCGGUGCCGAUAGCGCGCCGAAGGCGGACCUCCUUGCCGAAAGGCUCCGAGAGGUGUUCGGGAACGGUGGCGAUGUCACCGUCUCCCGACCAACCAAAACGGCGGAACUGCUUGUGGCGGGGCUGGAUGACUCCGUCACGAAAGAAGAGGUGACAGCAGCGGUCUGUGCCAAAGGCGGCUGCGCAGCGGACCACGUAAAGGUGGGAUCGCUCCGCCAGGAGAGGUCCGGUCUCUUUGCCGUCUGGGUAGCAUGCCCCGUAGGAGCUGCUAAGAAAGUAGUGGAGGGGAAGCUGCUGGUGGGCUGGGUUUCGGCCAGGGUGAAGCUCCUUGAACGCAGGGAGCUGCGAUGCUUCAAGUGCCUUCACUCUGGCCACGUCAAGGCGCGGUGUACCGCGUUGGUCGACAGGGGGCUUCAGUGCUACCGGUGCGGCCAGAUGGGACACCGCGCCGCGGAAU